UGGGAGGGGUGAUCCGAGGGCUCCGCCCCGCCCGCAAACCUCCAGGCCCAGCGCUGCGCCGGCUCUCCCUGCCUGCCUGCCUGCCUGCCUCCCUGGGCGAGCGAUGGGCUUCCCGGAGGCGCUGCUGGCGCUGGCGGCCGCGGCAAUCCUGGCCGCCCUGAUCCUGCUGGUGCUGGGCAGCGUCUACUUCGAGGCCACCAACUCCCAGCUGCCGGCAGGGCUGGAGCAGCCGGCCAGGCUCCGCCUCAUCCACGCCUGCCGCAUCGGGGCCGCCGUCCUGGGACGGGUCUUGGAGAACCUGCGCCUCUGCAGCCAGCUCCAGUUCGUCCGGUUUGUGCGCAACGCCUGGACGAGGAGGAGAGACGCCGCCCUCCGCAUCCAGGACGCCGCCUUCCAGGGCGUCCCCGUCCGCCUCUACCUGCCCAAGGCGCCCGCCGCCGCCGGCCCCAGGACGGGCAUCGUCUACUUCCACGGGGGGGGCUGGCUCUUCGGCAGCCGGGGGAGCCAGGAGCACCUCUGCUGCUACUUGGCCAGAGAAAGCGGCUCGGUGGUUGUCUCCGUGGGGUACCGCUUGGCUCCUGAGCACAGACACCCUGCCCAGCUCAACGACUGCCUUGCUGCCUCCACUCACUUCCUGAAGGUCGCGGAGGACUAUGGGGUGGACAGCAGCUGGGUCAUCCUUGCUGGAAACGAGGCGGGCGGGAAUCUCGCCGCCAGGGUCUGCCAAAUCUUAGCAAGUAGACCGGGCCCCACCAAGGUGCGCGCUCAGAUCCUCCUCUGCCCUGUCCUCCAAGCGGUAGACUUCAGUCUGCCUUCCUACCAGCAGAACCGGGCGGUGCCGCUUCUGUUCCGAGAACGGUCUGCUUUCUACCUGCUGCAGCGCUCGACGGGAGACGCCUCGUGCCUGGGGGACAUCUUGGAAGGGUCGCACGUCCCGAUGAAGCUAAGAGCGCAGUACAGGAAGUGGCUGAGCACAGACCGCCUCCAGAAGGAGUUCAAGGCCAGGGGCUAUGAGCCCACCCCCUUCCUCUCUCCCAAAGAGGACGUCUGCGAGGCCCUCCGGAGCCUGACUUUGCCCGAAUGCUCGCCGCUCCUGGUGGAAGACGCCGUCCUCUCGCGGCUCCCCAAGACCUUCAUCCUGACCUGCGAAUACGACGUCCUGAGAGACGACGGCCUGCUCUACAAGAGGCGCCUGGAAGACCAGGGUGUCCCGGUGACCUGGCGCCACCUUGCGAAAGGAUUCCACGGGAUUUUAGACUUUUUUGAGAGCGGCUGGCUCUGUUUCCCAUCUGGGAAAAAGGGGGUGGACGAUAUUGUCAGCUUCAUUACAGGCUUAUGAAGUAACAAGAACAACCGUAUUCGGUCAGGAAGUAGAAAACCUGCAUUUGACACAAAUUAAGCCCAUUUAGCACAAAAGCUGAAUCGCCCUGCAAUCUGAGCCGUGGCCAAGCAGAUGGGAUGCGCCCUCUGCCUUUGUUUCCCACGCUUCCCACCACGGAGAACCAAACGUGGCUCUCUUGGCCAGAAGAGGGUUUUCCACGAGACACGGCCAGGUUGUACUGUGCUGUGGUACCAGAUGUGGUGCCUGCUGUUUUAAUGGGCCAUUCCAAAGGAUUGCUUCAUGGGGGUAUUUCAAAUAGGCUUCCGUGGCCUUCGCUUUGUUUUAUUUGCACACUGACUUGAGACUCGGGUUAUUUGGAGACGGAAUAAUAAAUGUUAGAAACAACA